GGGGCGGGCGGGAGGAAGGGGAGGCGGCGCAGAGCCAGAGCCGACCUCCUCGUCUUCCUCCUCUCCGUGUCGGCGCCCGCCCGCCCGCCCGCCCGCCCAACGCGCACUUCCCCUGGAGGCCGGGGGGAAAGAGAGCCACAGAGCCGGAGCGGCAGGGAGACCGAGCCACCCACCGCCUCACGCCCCCCCCCCCCCGCCAUGAGAGCUGCCGCCAUCUUCCCCGAGCCCGGCGGCCGCCGCCGCCUCCUCCUCUUUCUGGUGAGCUGAGGGGAGAAGGAAGGCGGGCGGGGGGGGGCGGGGGGCAGAGCUGCCUGAGGCGGAGAUACCGGGGGGGGGCGGGGGGUGUUGCUGUUCUGUGGGGGCGCUGGGCUGCGGGUCCUCCCGGCUCGCCCGGUAUCCCUGUGGAAGCGGGUCGGGGUGGGGCGGCCGCUAGCGCUGGUGUGGCUCAGCCUGAUAGGCUGCCGGCUCCUCAGACCCGGAAUCGGCCCGGCAGCCGGCGUGGGGGCCCGGCGAGCUGAGGGGAAGGAAGGCGCCUCGUUCCGGGCUCCCCAGACCCAUCUCUCCCGGGGGGGCCCUGGGGGCUUCAGAAGAGGGUUAGGGGAAGACGAGCCACGGCGACUGUGGCAUGGCUUACACAGCUGGAGGCAGCCACGCUGAAGUGUAUUUUAUUGUGUGUUUGCGGGUCUCCUCUCUCUCUAUCGCGUAACUAUGGCACGAAAUGAGUUGCGCUGCUUGGAUGCCUUUGGUCCGAGAUGUGGUUUAAGAGCCCAAGAAGGCGUCGUGCGAGGCCUUGGUCUACAAAGUUGCCACCUUCUAAUUUGCUCCAGACCCGGAGAGGGUAAGGGCCGCUUCUGCACCUGCAGGGUGUAGGUGGCUGUCCGUUAUAGGGAUUCAGACUUCACAACUCCUCAAGGAACCGGGAUCCCAGCUAGGACUUGCGGCCGAGAAAAACCGGGGUUGGGGGGGGGGAGACUUGUUUCGGACACACCUCCCCCCCAGCCCCAAGUCCAGUUUGAAGUGUGAAAGUCAGGCUAUGUCAACCUGUGGAACUUGCUCCGACAGGAGGCAGUGAUGACACCAACUUGGAUGACUUUACAGGAGGAUUAGAAGAAUUUGUGGAGGAGAAGAGGUCUAUCAAGGGCUACUAGCCAUGGUGGCUAUACUUUUCCAUCCACAGUUGGAGCCAGCAAUGCUUCUGAAUGCUAGUUGCUGGAAACCACAGGUGGUUUGUGUGUGUGUGUGUGUGUGUGUGUGUGUCUGCCUACCUGCCUGCCACUGUUCUGUAUCACUUAACUAGUGCAUAAAAUAAGUGAUGCUGCUUGAAUUUUUUGGUCAAAGCUCUUUUGCUCUGAGGUGUGAUUAAAAUACCAAGGCAGUGUUAAAUGAUGUCUGGGGUGCAAAAUGCCACUAUCUAAUUUCCUCCAGACUCUGAGAAGUAAGGAUCACUUCCAUAUCUGUUGAGUAGGGAUGGCUUAAGGUAGGCCCAAGACAUUUUGGCACCUGAGGCAAACCACAAAAUGGUGCCCCACCCCUCUCCAAGGAAGAAGGGGUGAGGGAAGAUCUACAUCAGGAACAUGGAGGGAAUAAAGAUUGGGAUUUGCUGCCCCUGGGGAUGCUGCCAGCUGAGAGAUCACCUUACCUCAUGGGUGAACUGGCCCUGGAGAGUGCUUUCUGUUACAGGGAUUUAAACUUUAUAACUCCCGAAGAACAAUGGUGCUCAGUCUGUUCUGGCAGGAAUUGGUUUGUGUGUGAUGCGGAGUUGGAUAAAUUUAGAAUUAUUACUAUUCUGUGCUUAAAAUGAACGAUUUAAACUGUCUGAAAAGAUUAUUUGAUAACAACUCCUUCCUGCUUCCUUGUGUCCCUGACUGACCCUUUUGAUCAUUCUUUGUCUGAGAGGUAAUUCUACUGUGACAUCCCUGUACGAAAGAUGCAAGUAUAGAGUUGGCUGGGAUGUAGGGAACAGCUACAGUUGGGGGACUUCAUCACAUCAGUGAAAAUCAAAUUUUAGUCUGGUGCAUAGAUCUACAGAGUUCAGCUUCUUGAAAUAGAUCUGCAAUAUCCAUAUAUCGGGCUCUUUUUUGGCCUUUUAUAAUGAUAGCUUUUUCUGUACCUCUUUCUUUAAGGUUAGAUGAACUUGGACUGUGACAUGAACAAACCAAUAAUUCUGUUAUUGCUUCUUUCAGUGAAACAUUUGGGAACCUCUUUAAGAGGUGGAUGAUAAUGUGAUGGUUGGCUUGUCAAUGGAUAGGAAUUACUGAUAACAAAAAAGAGGAGUGAGAGUUGAUGGCCCUUAGGUUUGAUUCCCUAGGAGUCACACAGAGCUAUAUUAAUUUAUGGAAACUGCAGUUGCUCAUAAGAAGUUUUUAAACAAUUUAUCAUGACUGCUUCUCUUAUAGUCUGAUUCACACAUGCAUGCUUAGAAGUCCAAUUGAUUACCUCUGGGCAAGUAUGCUUAGGAUCACAGCUGUGGUUGCACCAAAAAAAAAAAAAAAAGGAGUUAGAAUGGCAUUAACUACUCACUCCUUUCUUUCCUGUGGUUGCAAUGUGCUUUGUGUAAUUUAUAAAUGAUACUACCUUGUUGAGUUUCCUAAAUCUGGACAUGUGGGAAAUCUAUAUUUACAGUAUCUUAAUGCUGAAUCACCUUCAUUUUUCUUAAACCGAGUAGUAUUUACACAGAGCACCUGAGACAGGUGUUGAAAACUCAGAUAUAUAAGCUGGGCACCAAAUGACUCCUUAAACCAGGGCUAUGGUCAUCAAAAAGGAAUGUCUACUUGCUGUUUGGGAUCCAGAUGGCUUGAAAGUCAUAUUUUUCAAUAAAAGUUUUUGGUUCCUGAAAUGUGUUCUGAUUGUGCAGAUAAAAUAUAGUGGAUCGAAUUCUACAGAAUGUGUUGUUAGUGUGUGAAAACAGGCUAGAUCCAAGGAUUCCCAGGCAUACACCUCCAGAUGGUGGAGACGUCUGGUGCUAUUCUGGCGCCUGGGCAUCUUGGUCACAAGUGGCCAAUAGCCAGGUGCAAAAUGUGCCUGGCGGAUUUUGAAUGCUGCCUUAGACAUGGGUCUACAGUCCCGCAAUCAAGUAUGGUCUUUUAACUUCAGGUUUGUAAUUCAAGGUUGUUUAUUAAAAUAAAGCAAGAAAAAGGAGAUAUCAGAAAGAAAACAGUAAUUUCCUAACUGAUUCUUUCUCUAACACCUUAUCUCACUGUGACUUUCAUCAGGCAGCAGCAUCCUUACUUCAUGCAGAGUGAUUUGGCAGUGGCAACCAGGGUACCUUAAGCUAUCCACUUUGAAGACAUGCACCAAGUGAUUUGAUUGACAAGGGGAAAGUUGACACCCAAACAAAUAGGUUUCAUUGUAAGUUCAGAACUUACUCAUUCCUUAGCCCAUGAAAGUAGUUUUAGGUGGCAUAAAUUGGGAAGGUUGUCUCUUUGGUUCCUGUCAGACAAGUUUAAAGGGCAAAACAGCCUUGUGUGUCUAUGUAUUGUUAACCUUGUCUAAUGGAAGAUAGGUUUUUAUCAGACAUAAUGCUGAAGGAACAAAGUGUUGAAGCAGCUUUGAUUUUCAUCACAGGUAUUCAUCAGAUUAGUACAACAGGAGAAUCCUGUAAAAAUUGACUGGUGCUGUUUCUGUCUUUCUUACUCAACCAAAACUAAGCCAUCUAAUUUUAUUAUUUCUCAUGAACAAGCAGAGAGAUAAGUAGCACUUAAAUGCUGAAGGGGGUGGGUGGGAUGGAAUAUGAAUCCGCCCUUUUCAAAAAGACUUGGCUUGUUUCAAAUCGGGCCACAAUCCUAUCAAGUUUGGGUCUGACUCAAAAUGCUUUCCUUUCUUGAGCAUAAAAAAACAGCUGCUGAAUCAAGCAAAACCAUAAACAGUGUUGCCAGAGGAAACAAGAACUGGCCAAGAGAUUUUGAUAUCUGGUUUGCACUUAACACUAAACCACAUUAGAAUGUGCCACACCCCUUCCCCCUUAUCUCACAUCGCCAUAUUAAAGGGCUUUGCUAGCAUUUAGUUUCCCUUUCAGAGAAUCAUAGCUUAGCAUGUACAAACCAUAGAAUCAUAGAAUUGUAGAGUUGGAAUUGACUGCAAGAGUUAGCUAGUCAGCCAUCUUCAUAACCCAUGGUUUGAAGUUGGCUUGUUUAAAAAUCGUCUAGAAGAUUUCAGACUACAUUCUGUGAGUCUUACGUCAUUUGAAGCCAGGAUUAUUUGGAAGUGAACAUGAACUCUAGGAAAGUCCUUUUUCCAGCUGCAUAGGAGAAGAGUAGGGGAGAGCACAAAAGUUGGAGGCUUCACUCAGGCCAGUUUGGCUCACGCACAUAGUGCAUGGUUUAAUGUUAUAUGUGAACCAGAACAAAUUGUGCUUGCCAGUCCUUUGUAGUUGAAAAAGACCAAAUUGUAUUUCUCAAGUUCCAUUUCUUAUUCAUAUGGUUAACAGAACUUUGACUACAAAUUUUUUGCAAUAGAGACCAAGGUAUGGUGGGACUGAGUUGUAUUAACCAGCUUCUGUAGUUGCAGAAAUAUCCCCAAAGAUAGUAACAUAAGAAGCUGUCUUAUACCAAGUCAUUAACCAUUGAUUCACCUAGCUUAGUAUUAUCCACACUGAUUGGCAGUGGCACCCCAGAUUUUCAGUCAAGGGAUCUUUCCAUGUUUACCUGGAUAUGCUGGAGACUAAUCCUGGGACCAGUGUUCUUCCACUUAUACUAAUCUCUUUAUCGUUACCACUAUACUCUACUCUUUAUUGUUAACAUAUACUUGUUAAGGAUAUACGUACUCUAUCCUUAACAUGUACUUUGAGGCUUCAAAGCACAUACAUUUCAAUAAUCCUUGAGUGUAAGCCAGGCACAAAAAAUGGCACCCAGACUUUUAGAGGUGCUCACAAAUGGAGAAUCUUCAGGCACAAAAUGUGCUGGAGUCCUGCUAAUUUCAAACUCUGUACACAUCAAGGCGACCUCAACUUCUUACAGCUUUUGUAUCUGGAUGCCAGGGGAAUAAUUAUAUGACAUAGAUGACCAGGCAAGUGGAUAGUGAGCAAAUGGCCCAGUUUGCAUUUCAAAUUAAAUCAAACCUGAAAAUGAAACAAAGUGUGGUUUAAAUGAAGUUUUCAUUAUGGGCCUCUCUGGGUGCCAGAGUCUGCCUUGUUAUGGCAGGCUUGUAUGUCAUGAUAAGCCAGAUUCUGGCUUGUUAUGAGGCAGGUAUGGGGAAGAAUCACAACAAGAACUUUUCAGUAGUGUGCACCAGCAUUCUGCAUAUUCACAUUAAAUGCUGUUGCGUUUUUUUAAACUGUGAUCAAAUGUGAUGUUUGAACCAGCUCAAUGCUUUGAAAGCUGUUGAGCAAAUGAUGCAGAUUAAGAUUCCAUUUAAAUAUUGAGUGAGCCUUUAAUUGAGUUAUUACUGUGUGUUUUCUGCCGUCUCUUGAGCUGUGCAGUCACCUGAUGAUUAAAAACAAAUUAUGGAUUUUAUGGUACAUGGCUCUGGUUUUGGAAGGCAGUUCCUGUAUUAAUUUCAUUAGUGUAUGGAUUAUGUUUCAUGUGGGAUACACUUAGGAAAAAUGAUGAAUUGGGGGUAUCUGAGAGGGUAAGGAGAACAAUCAAAUAGUGAACUUAUGGAGAAAGCAAAAAUUAUAGAAGCUAGAAGAAUAGGGAACAAAAUAAUUAAGAGCUUGUUUUUAUUGAUGACUGAUCCAUGUUGAUCAGAUCAAAGUACAUUUAGAAUAUACUUGUAUACUGUUGUAUUAACAUAGCUGGAAAAAAAUAAAAAUCCUGGUACUAGCAUCAAAUAGUAUGCUCCAUUCUAGUAUUCCAGAGUUAGAAAAAAUGCUAGUAUUCAGCGUUAUUUUUAAAGCCCAAUAUAAACAUAUUGUGUGUUUAUAUAAACUGAUACAAACUUGCUGUGUGAGUUUUGAUAUCUGCAAGUACUGAAUAAGACAGAAGCAACUAGGUAGUUUUGGUUUUGGAUGGUGUUUUAAGUGACGCUUAAAGGAUAUCAUAAAUUGAGCUCAUGGUAUUUUGAGCAAUAUUUGUAUAUUUAAAUGGGUACAUGUUGCUUUGUGCUAAUAAGUAUGUUUGUAAUAAUGUGAGUACUUCCCUGUUCUUAUUUCAGUUACCAGUUUCCACUCAGCAGUUACUGGUAGAAAUUUUUGUGUACAGAGAUCAAAGAGAUAGGAGUCUACUUAUAAAAUGUGAUUGUGGAAAUUAGCUCACUGUUGUUCUAGGACUGCUGUAGUACUUAAAGGAGCAUAUUUAAUAGUAGCAAAAAGCAUGCUAACUUACAAAGGUUUAUGCUGUUUGUGUAUAUUCAAGGACUGGUUUAACCCAAACAUUCAGUGGAAUCCUUGACACACUGCCUGAUGAAAGUCUGAGUGACGUACAAAAGGUGAAACCAGGGAACAUUGCUGAAGGGAAGAAAAUUGACAUGGAGACUUCUUAGGGAAGCGAUAGAUUUGUGGACUGACUCUUCCUGUUCAUGUGGAUUCUUGAGACGACUAUAACAGCAUUCACACAUCAUGGUAAACUGUAUAGUGAUGUAGUGUGCACAACCUGAUCUCACCCACUUUGUUCAUCCUUGCUAUUGUGGGGAAAACAAACCAUGAUCCCUAAUUUAGCAUUGUGUCUAAACUGGGAACUGUGGUUUUGCUUCAAACAGCACUAACCGUUGGUUUGGAGCAAGACAAAGCACAGUCCUUGAUUCCAAAACAGUAAGCUUCUUUUAAUCUUCAGGGUAGAGCAAAACAGCUCAGCUCAGCACAUUCAUGUUAAACUGUUAACUGUGACAUGCAUACUGAGCCUCUAUAUCUGAUAGGCUGCAAGGAAUUAGAGUACAAGAAUGGAAUAAAUAUGUCUUCUAAUUCUGUGGCUUCAAUCUGAUGCUACCUUUGGCCAGAUCCUUAACUGUUGUUUUUUAAUACAAGCCAACAGUUGUAACAAAAAGUUAUAGUUAAGUAAAAAUGUAUCCGUUUUAGACUCCUAAGGAGUACAGUAACAGUUUUCAGGACAUUGCCCUGUUCACCUUACAUCCUUAUUUCAGACAUUGUGAUACGUAUCAAAAUAUCACAAUGUUUAGCUGGUGAUAUAUCAUGAUGUAGGAAGCCAGACAUUGCUCAGCCCUAGUGAAGUGUGAGAGCAAUUUUCAAAUGAAAAGUGCUGAACCCUUCCUCUGGCCCACCCGUCCUUGUAACUUUUCUCUUACCUGGGCUUGUAUCUAGUCUUGAAGCCCAUGAGAGGGGAAUGGGUGGACAGAGCUUCCUCAGCACUGCUUCGCCACUUGAAAUUCUAGUACCAUCACCCAUGCCUUACAGCUGUUCAGCAGCCUACUUCUGAAGACUUACCUUUUUUAUUUUCUGUCAUCCCAUCUUAUUCUGCUGACCAACUUUGGUUUGCCCUGAUGUACAUAAUACAGUCAAUUGUAAAAAGGUUUCUGACCCCAUUUUGGAUAUGUUGUAAUUUCUAAUUUUGUGUCUAGUAGCCCUUUUCACUUCAGCAACACCUUUUCUCAUUAAGCUUGGUGACAGGAGGUUGGGUUUCUAUUUAGGGCUAAUUGAGAGAACUGUGCUGGAAAUGUAUGUAAAUGGCAUUUAAGAGAGGCUUAGGAGUAACGAUUUCAUGGUAUGAGAGUUUCUGCAACACCGCUGUAUUGGAGAUUAUUGAUUUAAAGAUGUUCACCUUAGAUAGCCCCAGAUCCCUUGUGUAUGUACAUAGUCAUGUCAGGUUAUAUGUCUAUCAAUGUUCAUAUAGUACUUAAAAGCAUAACUUUUGUAAUACAGGGAGGUCAGGACCAAGUCCCAUGCCCACCAGACUCUUUCUCCACAGAGCUUCUAGCAGGUAGUACCUGACUGCCCAAACGAUUGAAGGAGCCCAGGGUUAUGUUUUCAGUACUGAUCUUCUUUAUUCAACCAAAUUUGUAUAUCACUUGAUGUAUUGAACUUUUAAGUGGUUUACUACAAAUGAAAUAUUAAAAUUACAAGCAAUUCCAUUCAGCUGGUGUUAUUGAUAAAAGGGUUAGGGGAGAUCAAUUGGCAACACUGCUUAGCACUGUUACUCUUUAUUGUUAAACUCCUUAAUAUAUUGUCUAUCCUCAUACUUCGAGGCUUCAAAGCGCAUACAUUUCGGUAAUCUUUGAAUGUCAGCCAGGCGCAAAAAAUGACACCCAGACCUUUUGAGGUGCUCACAAAUGGAGAAUCUUUAGGUGCAAAAUGCACCUGGCGCCCUGCUAAUUUCGAACCCUGAUACCAAGGAGCCAAAUGGGCUCCACAAAAAGGGAGAGAGUGUUCAUGUCAACAGCCUGAGUCAUUCAGGUGUUCCAGGGAAUGCCCAGGGCUUCAAAAGUAACACCAGUCAUAUCAGUUGGAAAUUCCCUCAGAGCCGUCUGGAAACCCAUUGAAUCCAUCUGCCCUCGAGGGUGGACCAUCCUAAUAGGUCCCCCGCCUGUUCAGAGGGGGCAUAGUUCCCAAGCCUGGACCUUGGGGAAAAGUUAUUUCAAGGGAUGACCUGAGUCUGUCUGUCCAUCUUAGGAGACGCUUUUUUUUGCAUGCCACUACUUUCUGAGGUGGUUGAUGGUUUUUCUGUAGUGGGUUCAGAGGGCUUUUUCUGUGGUGGUACCCACGAUGUGGAAUCCUCUGCCAUGUGAAGUCAGAUUAUAUACUUUUCCAGCAAGCCUUGGGUUUUCUUGCUACUUAGAUUUCUCUCUUCGACUAUAGCUUCUCUAGCAUUUUAUUGCUGCUCUUGUGUAUUUUUUUAUAUUGCAAGUGUUGCUUCACAUUAUUGCUGAUCAUGAAAUGUUUAUACUACUAGCUGCUUCGGGUAUUUGAACUGGAAAGAUAAAGUCACUCUAAAGAAAAUAAACUAGUUUGUGUGGGAUUUUACGUGCACCUUGUUAAACAUGUAGCAGAAUUACCAUUUUUUGCAGAAAAGAGCUAAUGCAAGAGAAAGUGUUGUAAUCCUGUUUAGUCAAGGCUAAACCACAAACGAAGUUCUAGCUAGGAUAUGCUAAUGAAAACUACUGAAAUAUAUUUAGCAAUUUGGCCUGCUUAAUGAAAGGAAACCUAACAAUGUGUAUUGCCUUGACUAUCAAAAGAAAUGCAUUUUUUAGGUAAAGAGAAAUGUCAUUGGUUAUUGCAGAACAAAAGUUUAAAUUGUUCCAGUAUUCAGGACAUAGAAACAUUUGUGAUACUGCAGAAUUGUUCUGUAUGCCCACUGCAUUAACCUUUGAUUAUCAGAUGAAUUUGAUGUCUCGUUUAACCUUAAUUAAGCACACUUCCCCAUUCUGUAUUUCAGCAGUAUGUCUUUUUAGUUUUUCUAAUAAAUCUUGUUCAGACUGCAAGCUGCAGUUAAUACCUUGCACCAUAAAUUAGUUAUCUGUCCUCUACAGUACUGUACUUAAAUUUUCCUUUCACUUAAAUUGCUAGUAGGCUUAGAGUAAAUUCAGCAGUAAAAGGGAUAUCAAGAUUAAAAUGAGAAAAAGAAGCUAUGGAUGGAUUAUAAUAUGCAGCAGCAAUUGAUAUUUGGAGGAAACCAUGGAAGGGUGGAAGGGAGGUCAGUGAUUAUAAUGUAUUGUUGUUGUUGAUGUCUGAAGAACUGUAUUGUUGAAAAAAAUACAAAUAACUUAUUGGGGUUUUUUUAAUCGUCUCAGUAGUUUUGCUCAAUUUCUGCAAUUUUCAUCCUGUGCCAGGUGUGGGUGGGUGGGUUUAAUGUAGGAAAUUCCAAAACUUUUCAUUUCAUUCUUAACCAAAAUGUUUUAAUACAUUGUUUUGGCAUUUGCUUUAUUGGCAAUGAUACCUUCUUAACCUUAAAAAAAGCUUCUCCUCCUGUGUUUCCGUUUCCUUUUUCUUUCAUUAGGUAGAUCCAGCAAAAUAUUUAAACUAAUCCUAUGCUUUUGGGAAGGGACGCGGGUGGCACUGUGGGUUAAACCACAGAGCCUAGGGCUUGCCGAUCAGAAGGUCGGCAGUUCGAAUCCCCGCGAUGGGGUGAGCUCCCGUUGCUCGAUCCCUGCUCCUGCCAACCUAGCAGUUCGAAAGCACAUCAAAGUGCAAGUGGAUAAAUAGGUACCGCUCCAGUGGGAAGGUAAACGGUGUUUCCGUGCCCUGCUCUGGUUUGCCAGAAGCGGCUCAGUCAUGCUGGUCACAUGACCCGGAAGCUGUACGUCAGCUUCCUCGGCCAAUAAAGCGAGAUGAGCGCCGCAACCCCAGAGUCAUCUGCAACAGAACCUAAUGGUCAGGGGUCCCUUUACCUUUACCUUUAUGCUUUUGGGCAUGUUUUAAUUUUAUUGAAUUAGCAUAAUACCUAUUUUGACCAUAUCUGUGUAUCUCCUAUUUCCACCCUUAUAUUUUCCAUGGUUUACUACAGUUCCCCCCUUUUUUUGUAACUUAUGUAUUUAUGUUCUUAAUUAAUAUAUUUAUUCAUUAAAAUUUUAUCCCACCCUUCCUCCCAAAUGAGCCCUGGGCAGCAAACUUCAAAAUGCUAAAGGCCCCACUAUUUUAGUUACAUUAAACCAGAAAAGAGUAACAAACAUCUCCAGACAUAUAUGUGGAGAUCUUUCGCUUAACUUUAAGAUUUAUUUCUAAAGUAAAGCCUGGCAAGUCUUUUAAAAUACAUAAAUGAAUUGCCAGACUUAGCAUUUUGCCCUUGCAUAUUUGCUCCUUUUCCUGGAUAUUAGGAUGGACUUCCGUUGUGCCAUCAACACUGUGGAAACUUGGAUUGUGUUUCAUAUUUCUUGAGCUCACUGCACACGUUGAAGCAGCAGUGUGGAUGUUUUGCAACAAAGAACCGUACACACGUGGACCUCUACCUGGGCUGGAACCCCUACAGUAUCAUGUAGAUGUUCAUGCUGAAUAUGUGAGAGUCACCUACAUGACCCACCCUGUUCUUUUAAUGCAUGGAGCUCCCUUCAUUAUAAUACAAGGAGGAGGAAUUGAUCAAGCAAGAAUGAUAUGGAUAAAUGUCAGAUUAUUUAUUAAAACGUGUGUACUUUUGCAGGUGUCCUGGUUUUUUAAUCCAGCAAGAAGUGAAAUAACAAGCCUUGAUGGUGGGAAUAUAGAUGAUACUUUAAGUAAGUGUGCAAACCUUUGCCCUGUUGUUUUUUUACAAAUACAUUUGCUUUUCUCAAGCAAUAUAUUCUUGAAUUCAUUUUUGGUAUGUGUCCUGCCAGCAUUCAGAGUCAUAAGUAGACUGGGGAGAACACUGAAUUGCUUUAAGUAUUUCUUUAUUUUCAGUUUUAGUUUGUUAUGUGCAUGUGUACUUUUGUUGGUUAGUACAGUAUAGGACAAGAUGACGCCUAAAGAGAGCUAAUUUAAUAAUCCUAAAUUGAGCACAACAGUGACAGAUAAAAAUUGCUUAAAAACUGCUUUUAUCUUUGGAACUCAAUAACACUGCUAGAAAAGCCUGGAGAAGCUUCCAUAACACAAAUCUAAAAGUAAAAUCAAAGUUACACUGCAGUCCUAGGCACAUACGGUAUAUCCAGAAGUAAGCACUGAGUUUAGUGGGGUUCACUUUCUCAUCAGUAUCCAUAAUUGCAACUCUUACUUCCCAAUUAUAAGUUUGGUUUUGUGUGUGAAAAGUGUGACUGUGUAAUGCUAAUUUUACCAGGACAGGUUCAAGGUUCUUACAUUAAUUUACAAGGCCACUUACAACUGCUGUCCAAAUGUACGUACCUUUUCAGCAUAGAGCAACACAUUCCAGAAGAAAGAGAGAAUAAAUGGGGAGGAAAGUUAGCCUAGUAAUUCAGGUUUUGUAACUGAAGCUAGCUCAAACUUUGAAUUCAUAUUUGCUCAAAUUCUCCAUAUUGCAAUUCUGGGAGCUGUAAUGUCAAGAUUGAUUUUUUUUUUGUUUGUGCGUGCCUAGUUAGGCCUUGGUUUUCUGCUGUCGCAACAUUUAACAAUAAAAUGUCAUUCUUUCCUUUAGACAAUGCAGAUGUUGCUUUAGUGAAUUUUUAUGCUGAUUGGUAAGUAUUUCUUUCAUUGGACAGUUAUACCAACACAGUACUUUCAAACUUCUGCAAUUGUAAGACUCAAAACAGAAAUUAGACAAUGUUAAAUUUAUUAUAUUUAAUUAGCAAAACAUACAAAAUAUUUUCUCAAUCUGCUUUUAAACUUCUACUAGAUAUAUUUUCUUUGUGUCUAAUGUAGCCUAUCAGCAUGGCCGGGUGAUACUUCACAGGAUUAGACCCUUAGAACUAGAAACUGCCUUGGGCUCCCCCGCUUGCUCCCCUCCGUGUGGGUGGGAAUGAAAAUCCACAGUAGAAUUACUGCUUCAAAUGGUGCUAUAUAUGGAAUCUCCAGAUAUUUUAUUUUCAGUAAUUGGACCUUUUUUUUGUAUUCUCCCUUUCAACAGGUGUCGUUUUAGUCAAAUGCUGCAUCCUAUUUUUGAGGAAGCUUCUAAUGUCAUUAAAGAGGAUUUCCCAGAUAAGAAUCAAGUUGUGUUUGCCAGAGUAGAUUGUGAUCAGCACUGUGAGUAAUCCUUUUUCAUUCAGCUGUUACCAUUUUAAAUGUCUUGUUGUGCAAAUGCAAGUCUUGAAACCUCUUUAGAGCAAGUACAAGCUUUUGCAGUGGUUUAAAAAGGAUAUCUAGUAAAACGAAUUAUAUAUAUAUUUCAAAAGAGAGGAAUUUCUACAAACCUUGUAUGUAAAGGCUGCCCAUAACCUGCAUUAUUCAACACAGUUUCCCCAAGCUUGAAAUUGCAUUCUCUUGCAAAUAUGUUUUUAAGAAAAUAUAAUAAAAUAAAAUGCAGGGGUUUGUGGUAUUGGGAAAAGUAGGUCUGUGUAUACUUUCCCUAAUCUAAAAUUGGAAAGAAAUAUACAGAAAUCUCGUUACUUGUGAGGUGCUUUUUCAGCACGAAGGGGUCUGGUUCUGUUUUACAUAGAAAAGCAGCCCUAACUCAGUGUUUGAUACACGGUCAUGAUUCACGUUUAAAAGACAAUGGCUUGGAUCCUAAGAUAAAUGGAUUCUAUUCAAGGAGGUUCAUUGAAGCAAAAUGUCCCAUUUCAUUCUACGCCCAGCAUCUUCCUUCUAGGGAGACAUUUUUGGGCAUCACAGAUUACUACAGCAGGAAGAAGGGGGCAGGAAACAUAACAUGAAUUUAAGGUAUCUUGCAAUCCAAGCCUUCAAGUGUUGGUUUGAACAUGUUUGGUUUCUAUUUGGCUUCCCUUUAAAUCAGGAUAUACCGUAUUUUUCGGCCCAUAGGGCGCACCGGCCCGUAGGGCGCACCUAGUUUUUUUGGGGGGGAAAUAAAGGGGGAAAAAAUAUUUUCCCCCAGGCGCAGGGCUGGGGCGGGGGAAGCCCGAGCUUCCCCCGACCCCAGCCCCCAGAACAGGCAGCUCUCCGCAAGCCGUGGGAGAGCUGCGCGACUUCGCGCAGCUCUCCCACGGCUUGCGGAGAGCUGCGCAGCCCGAGCCUGGGGGCGCUGAGGUUAGCACGCCCCCAGGCCUCGGGUGCAGGCAGCUCUCCCAAGGCUUGCGGAUAGAUUCCUGAAGCCUGGAGAGCGAGAGGGGCCGGUGCGCACCGACCCCUCUCGCUCUCCAGGCUUCAGCGAAAGCCUGCAUUCGCCCCAUAGGACACACACACAUUUCCCCUUCAUUUUUGGAGGGGAAAAAGUGCGUCCUAUAGGGCGAAAAAUACGGUAUUUUUAAAAACCCUUAACUUAGAUUUUUAAAAAAACCAUCUAUCCUCCAGUACACAUGAGUGUUACUCUCUGUGCAUCAUAAUGGGUACAGUUCGUUAUGCCUGAUUACGCCAGUAAUGGGUAUGGUUGACCCAGCCACAGAACAGCAAAUUGAGCCAUAUAAUGAGCUGCCAUUUAAACUGUCUCAUGUCACCUUCUGUGUUUACUGUAUAGCAUCACAUACUAUAAAGAUUCUGAAUUAAGUAUUCUUUCCCCUUAACAGUAGACAUGAGCUUUUUAAUAAUAAAACUCAACACCUUUGGUUUCCGAGUGUAUAGUAUACAUUGGCUUUUAGUGGUGUUAAUUGGGCAGAGGCAUCAUUUGCAAUGCAAAUAGCAUUCCCCUUGUGAAACUGCAGUCUCUGUAGGAAGCAGAAGUAGCUGCUUUCACAUUCUUAACUGCAUUCACAGUGGUCAGGCUCUCAAAUCUAUCUUCUGUUUGUGCACUGGUGCUUAAGCCUACUGUGGGCCCUGGCAGCUCCAUCCCUCCACUCUUUGAGGCCCAGCAAAUUAAAAAGAAUUAUUGAUGUCCUGCACAAUGUUUGAUACCUAAUGACAAAAUGUCAUUUUACUUGCCCUCACAACCAAUAUAAAGAUGUUCUGUUGGGAGGAUGUGUAGAUUCAAUUCUUAAAAUUCUGAAGGCAUUAGUGCUUUUCUGUUUUACCAUGCUUCUUAAAAGAACAAAAAAGCGAGAAGUGUAGAAAACUGGGUGCUGAGACUGUGGUUGAUUGGAAGGGUCCAGAUUUAAUUGGUGAGGCUGCCUGGAAAUUAAAUACACUUUAAUUUUUGGUUAACAUGAUUGUGCAGUUUUGUUGUAAUACUGUGGGAAAGGGUUGGAAAAGAAAAUAAUGCCUUCUUCUUCUUAUUAUUAUUAUGGCAUGCUGCAGAUAUAAUGAAAGGAGUCUCUUAACAGUGAUUAAACAAUCAAGAGCAGCCUACCAAAUAAAGUGCUUCCUUUCCUGAAUUAAUAUGAUCUGGUUCCUGGUAGCAGAAAGUUGCAGGUGUCUGCUUGAAACUGUCAGAGCCGUCUUUCCCAUUGGUCUUAGUGGUUUGUUGCGCCAGGGUGCCGGCCUCUCAGGGGUGCCCUAGGGAGUGGGGGAGCUGCACGGCUUUGCCGGCAGCCUCCCCUUUCCCUGCGUGCCCACCAGCUGCGCCCCGCCAACUAUAUGGCUGGCGGGCGUGCAGCUUUCUUCCCAAGCCUCCGCAGGAGGAGAGCGAUCCCUGCAGAGGCUUAGGAGGGAAGCUGCACGCAGCUUCCCUCCCAAGCCUCUGCAUCUGCUAAAGACGGCCCUGCUGCCGGUCGUUGUCCUCCUCCUGCUUCCUGGCAAAAGGCGGCGUGCAGCCUUCCUAGGAUGCCUUCUCGGGCGCCCCAACGCCAGAGAGCGUGUCCACCAGCAUGUUUUCCUACUUGAUCGCUGCCACCACACCAGGGAUCGGGGCGGUGGGGGAGGCAGAGGACAUGUAAUGGGGUUUGCUAAAUGUACACCUGUAGAUCCCCCCUCCCCCCAUUAUAUGUUUCAAAUUAUUCAUUGUGCCAGCUAUACCAGUUUCAGGUAGGAAUCUUUUGGAAGUCAGCAACAAGUACUUUGAUGAACAACACAUGUUGUUGAUGAAUAAAAAUCAUAACAUUGUUUGCACUUUUAUGUUUUCAAUUUUAGAAGUAUAUUGUAGUAGCUAUAAUUGUGUUGACUCCACUUGUAUCACAUGUCAAGGUUUAAUGAAAUUAUUUAAGAUGUUCACUGUUUGACUUGUGAAUUAGUUCAAACAGCAUUUCAUGUCUUUGCAUUUUUUAUACUUUUCUGAAAGAUAAUUUCCAAAGGCACUGCUGAUGGUAUGCUAACCCUACUGUCUCUAGAUGGUGGUUUUGGUAGUCUGUAUACAGUUUAGGAAAACGAUUCAGAUGUUUGUCCAUAACUUCAUACAUCAUAAAUGUCCCUCAUCAAAUUGUGUUCUGGCUUUGUUGCAGCAAUCCUAGUUUGCAUUAAUUCUGUUGUUUCCUGAUAAUAUUCAAACUGAGGAGCUCUGUUUAAUGUUGGUUAGCAGACCAGGAUAACAUUGAACCAGAGUUGCUUGACUUAGCUAUAAGAGGAAAUGUUGGCUUAAUGAAGCAGGAUGAAGCACAGAGUGGGAGUAGGAGAGGAAGCUGCAAGGGGGAAAAACAUGAAUGAGGUUUAAGAAGCUGUUAUUUACUAUCUGAACAUGGCUACUCUGAAGCCCCCUGAAGCGGGUAGGUGGGUAGGAGGCUGCAGACCAGGCGAAUGUAUUCAGAACUGCCUACUGUUCUUGCCAUGGGAUAUUUGGAUUCAUCCUCCAUUGAUCUUGCAAGCUUACUUUACAAACUAUCCGUUGGUAUGGCGCUGUACUUCAGCUGCAAUUUUUGUUUCAGAUGGUUUUAACCUUUCUUGUCACAAGCUAUUUUAAUUGGCUGUUCACAUCCCAGCAGAAUAUGAUGGUUUAAAUUAUUUCCAAAAUCUGGAAUAACUUGUUCUGCCUUCUACAAGGGAGCAGAAUUGGUUGUUUUGCUCCUGAGUUAUUAGCCUUGGCAGUGUUCAGGUCCGUGUUCACUACAAUGGCUCUUGCUCCCUUUGCAAGGGCAGAUGGCCCAAAGGAAGCACAGGCACUAGCAUUGACUGCAUUCAUGCAGAGGUAGCAGAUAAUGUUUCACAAGGGAUGCAGGUAGAGAAAGAGUGGGGAACCCUUUCCAGCUAGAAGUCUGGAUCCUAAGCUACUCCAGCCCUCAUAGGCCAUUUUGACAGAUAAGCAAGGCUGGCUACCUCUCAGUCACCUGGUGCCAAAAUGACCCUGAUGUCAUAUAAGCAAAAAGUAACCCCCCCCCCUUUGUGGGAAUGGCCCAAAUUGAAUUCAAUUUAACAACACAAAGGAUCUUCCUCUGCAUAUAUAGUCAGCAGUGCAAAGAAUAUUUGCACUAAGUGCAGGCCCCACUUUGGAUUGAAAUUGGCUGCACUGUAGUCCCUAGUGGGCUACCUGUCAUCAGGUUGCCAAGAAACAAAUGGGAGCACAUUUUAAGGCUUCCAGUUGUUUGGCAUCAAGGUGUAGGACAGGUGGUGUAGUUUGAGGGAAAUGACCUGAUAGAAGAAGGGCCAGUGCACCUGUAUCUUGAGUAGUGAACAUCAUAUACCAGCUGUUUGCCAAUUGUUGUGCUGUUUUCCCAAUGAGUUUAUCAGCGACUUCUCUGACAUGGAACAUGGUGUGACAAUUAUUUUUAGGUACUCCCCAGCAUGUCCACAAACAUUUGCUUUUCUGGUACUAAAGCUACAUGUUAAAGCUAUGGGAGAUCCAUAGCUUUAAUACUGGCAUCAAAACCAGUGGCAUUUCCAUAGUAUUCUUUAAUAUAGGUACCAUAUUGACCAAGCACAUCCUCACACAUUCCCUCUUUUGUCCAUGAAGUAAGAUGGACAUAUGAUGUUGAGACAAGGAGGAAUAUCGGUCUUCUUCUAUUGUGCUCCAACAGGAUACCACAGUUCAUCUCAAGAUACGGAAGCAGAAAGUGUGUAUAGAGAGAACACAUGUGUAUUCCCUCCCCUGCCAUUGAUUGCAUGGACUUUAUGCAAAGUAUAAGGUUAUCAGGCUCUGGUCCUCAGAUGCCUGUAGUUUUCAGAGUUGAUCAACUUUAGUCCAGGUUGAAGAAUUCCUAAGUGGUUGGAUCUUCUUACCUUGUUCUCUCUUCCUCCACCCACAAUCUAACUGGUUACGACUUUGCCUGUGGCUAUUGAACAGGAGCACCUCUUGGAAUUGAGCCCAUCUGAGUAGGUGGUUCAGAUAAUGUAGACAUCCACAGAUCUUCCAUAAAUGUCCAUAACUUGGACAGGGUUUGUUUGCUGUAUAGUGUAGGUGUCAGACAGUCACCCCCAUUGCUAUAGAGGUACCUCAUGUCUUUAGAAUCAUGCAAGAUGGAUUGGGUCAGGGUUUGAUACACACACACCCCACACACACUAAAAAGGCAGCUGUUGGCAGUAGAAAGAGUUCUCCAUACCAACAUCGACAGCCCCUUUGCAGGGCACCCUUUUGUCAGACACUUAUUCAAAGGAGCCGCCAUUGUGUCUGAACCAAUGAAGCAUAGGUCCCCCCAUUGAGAUUUACUUUUGGUACUUGGAGGCCCCUCUUGGAUCCAUCUUUAUAAUGGAAGUAACCUACAAGUGUCAGAUUCCAUCUUUUGAGGGAAACAGCUAUCACUGCAGCACUAGACAGUAAUACACAUCUGGAGUAUGUACAGGGCAGCCAUUUGGGUGAACCUUACCUCAUGUUAGAAAUAAGUUAACUCCUCUUGUAAAUGUCUAACGACUCUAGUCCCCUCUGACUUAAAUAACACUUGAGUCCAAUUUUCAAUUCUCUUUCCUAUUUUGAGUUUAACUGUCUGAUUCAUAUUUCUCUGGGAUUGUUACUACCAUAAUCACACGAAGUAUUUAAAAAAACCCUACAUAUACAAAAUUACCUUAAGAGAAGGUUUAAAGAAAAUUAAAGGUAACUGGAAUUAGGUAUGUCAGCCUCUUAAAAUGUAGGUGAUUAACAGCUAAUUUAGCUAAUUGGUUAAAUUAGGUUAAGUGCUAAAUUACUGCAGUCAAAACCCAAUUAAUAGUAUGAGGUUCUUGAACAAGGGCAAGUUUGUGUUAAAAGUGUUUUAAAAGGUGCUCGUUUGCUAAGAAGCAAAUUCUGAUCAGAUUCCUUAAUGUGUGUACUGUACUUAUUACCUCAACAACACUGGACUGACUGGACAUCUGAAGUGCAUAUUGGGAAAACAAAACCUUCCUACACUUGAAUUACUAGUCUAGCAUUGGGGUUAAACCCUUCCCAUGUUUCUGACAGUGACUACAUGUCAAAACAAGGCAUUUUGUUAAGGAUUACUAUUUAUAGUACAAUAUUAACGGUUAUUUAUAGUACAUGGUCCCAACUCCACACAUUGGUAUUUAGGGUCUGAAAUACCCCAUUAGUUAAAAGCAACCAUACAUAGAAAAAGUUGGGAUUCUGACUGACCCAUAUUCUGGAAUCUUGUGGUUUUAAAAGUAUAAACUUUAAUUACUUCUCUCAUGAUAUUUAAAAGAAGAGGAUAGCAGCAUUAUUGGUUAAAGAAUACUAACUCUAUACAUUUAAAUUUGCAUAUUUUCAAAUGUUUUUUAAUUAUUUUUUCAGCGGACAUAGCUCAAAGGUACAGGAUAAGCAAAUAUCCAACUCUAAAAUUGUUCCGGAAUGGAAUGAUGAUGAAGAGAGAAUAUCGGGGUCAGAGAUCGGUGACAGCCAUAGCAGAUUAUAUCCGACAACAGAAAAGUAAUCCUAUUCGAGAAAUACUCAGCUUGGAAGAAAUUAAGUCUCUAGAUGUGAGUGCCCCCUGCCCCCCGCUCUGUCUGUCUGUCUGUCUCCCUUUCAUUUCAGUAUGUUAAAUGACAAUGUAUAACUUGGGAAAUGCAUGUUCACCACUUAGGAAGUUCUGCCUGUUUCAUAGCUAGUGACAACUGUUACACAAAUGCUCUAUAUUUGUGGUAUUAAGCCACAUUUGUAUGUAACGCUAAACAGUGGUUGACUGUUCUCCACUCUGUGUGCUCCACUCUGUUAAGAAUCCUGGCUCAACAUGGACAAGUCAAAUGAACUCUGAAUUAAACCAACUGUGGUUAAUUAAAGAAGUAAGCUUCAUAACCCAUGGUUCGGAGUUGCCUUGUUUAAAUUGACUUAAUUUAAGGGUUUUUUGACUCACAAUAUUUGGUUCAUACUUAAUGCUAAACUAGCAUCCUUUGAAAAGGAAGUCGAAUCCUUCUGGCUGCCUAGCAAAGCAAGGGAGAGAGGUGUGAUUUUCUCAGGUUUCUUCUAGCAUGUGCAAAAAGCAGUGAACCUAUGACUUAACAUGCAAACCAGCCCUUAGUGGCUUAUUUUUUAUGGCUUUCUUGAUAAUGUAAUCGGAUGUCAGAUAUGCUAACUUUAAACAAGUAAUCCAUUUUGCAACAAAGAGGGACUUUGUAUUCAUUAUAUAUUCAUAAACCUUUAGCGUAUUCUGACACUCCAUUUGGUCACAAAUUGGAAUCAUUUCCCCCCCUGGCUCAAGGACUGAAGGUUAAAUGAAAAUUCGAGUUAUAAUGCCUCAUGUGUUUUUUGUUACAGCACAGUAAAAGAAAUAUUAUUGGAUACUUUGAACACAAAGACUCUGAUAAUUACAAGACUUUUGAAAGAGUAGCAAAUAUUUUGCAUGAUGACUGUGUCUUCCUUGCUGCAUUUGGGUAAGAUUGUUGUUGUUGUUGUUGUUAAAAAAAAUACAAUGAUAUAUUUGGGUAGCUCAAAUACUACUGUAUUAAAUGCAGAAGAGUAGCAUUAAUCCACUGAGACCACACAUCAGUGAAUACAUGAUUCCAUAAGUUAUAUUUCUCUAGCAUCCCUCCAGAAAUCCUGCUGACAGGAAUCUUAAAAACUAGGGACACUUGCUUCCAAAAUCUGAAUUUGAAGGUACUAUCUCCUCAAAGAAGCUACCCCAUGCCCCGUUUUUGUAAUCUGCUCGUACUCUGCCAUGGGGAAAAACUAUCUGGCUUGGUUUGCAGUAGAGACUGGGAUACUAACUGUAAAUCUGCUCCUUGCCCUGUAUUUUGUAAGUGUACUUAACCUUGAGUGUACUUAACCUUAAUAAGAAGAUAAAUUGUAACUACCUGUCUUAGGUCUGUUUCCAAACCAGAACGAUUUAGUGGGGACAACGUGAUCUAUAAGCCACCUGGGGUGAGUUUAAAUAUUUUUCUAUCCCUUAUCCUUAUAUUUGAUAAAGUAGCUAGCCCAAAUCAUGUAGUCCUCAUAUUAGAUUUGGUGCUUCCUGCCAAUUGGAGCAUGUUAAAGUUGCAGUUUUCUAGUGAAUUCAGCUAUAGGUGUUUGGGAUUUUUUACCGCCUGAUUGUGGAGAUGCCCAAGAUUGAAACAGGCAAUUAAUAUAUACUCACCCAACAAUAUGCACAUAGAUAUGACACCAAAUAUAUGGUAGGCACCUCUGGUAAUGGUGUUCCACAAGUUGCUUGCAACACACCUAUUCAUCCGCACAUUCUUGAGCACUAGUUUUUAGUUCUAGCUCUAUUGUAAAUUCUAUGGUAAUGGUGUUUGUUUAGUAUUUUACUGUUUUAUUGUGCUAAUUUUUAAUCCUAUAAACUGCUUUGUUUUGAUUGGAAGCUGUUGAAUAAAUGUUUAGAUAAAUGAGAUAAAUAGAUCUAAGUUAUUGAUUGUCUAGGUGUUUCAGAAAUCUAGCAGUUGAAACUUCCAAAGAGGAAGAUUGUGUAGUGAUUCUGGAAUUCCUCAGUAAAAAAAGAAAGCUUGGAUGUGUGACAAACUUUUGACAUAUUAGCUACAAGCUCCACAUUUUGAAGCCGUUUUAAAAAACAACCAUAUAACAGUGUGUAUUGCAGAAGAGAUCAUUCACAAAUCCGACUCCUUAAAUUUAACAAAAGAUGUAACCAUUUUCUUCCUUAUAGCACUUCUGGUUUUGAAACUUGGAUUUAGCAUUUCAGAACUAGUGUACACCUCCAUAGCUGCCUUGGGCAGGGUGGGGGUGUCCCUUGGAACGGAAUGUCAUGAACAAUACAUACAUUUCAAAUUCUAUAGAGAGUUAGAAAAUCUUAGUAGUAAACACUGUAUUAUUGGUCAUGGUACUAUUGAUGGUCCAGAUCAGCCAUCUAUGUCUGGCACCUUUUUAAAGAGCCAAGCUUUCCCAAGUCUCAAAGAUGCUUUUGAAAACAGCAUCCUAUUGAGAACUUACUCCCUCCUAGGUGUAGUGUCUAGGUGUUCUCUCCAUGUGAUCUUGCAGUAUCAUGCCCUGCUUUCCCAUGCCCCUGCUUGAUGCCUUUGGCGGCUGCUGGCAAGCAGGGUGUGAGGAACCUUGCAACAUGCUGCUGCCUAGACUCUAUGUCAGGGGUAGAAGGAGCUUGCCACAGGGUGCUGUGCUCUAUGGCAUCUCCAUCACAGAACAUUAUAAUAUGUAUAUUUUAAUGGUGCACAAUGUUAUUGUUUUUUCCGUACUGGUGAUUUGACAAAACAACAAUCCCCGUUUAACAGGAAAAUGCUCCAGAUAUGGUUUACUUGGGCUCUAUGACCAAUUUUGACUUGGCUUAUGCAUGGACUCAAGAUAAAUGUGUUCCACUUGUUCGUGAAAUUACAUUUGAGAAUGGAGAGGUAAGGAGUGUCUCAUUGUUCAAUAUUUCUAGGUAUUUAAGUGAGAAACUGUGAUAAACAUGUUUGGGUCUCAAAAAACCACUUGUCAAAUGCUCUUCAUUGACUUUAUGAUAUCAUAAUCCCAAAGCUAUAAAAUCCCAAAGUCUGGUAUAUUCUUAAAUUAGAGCAAAUAUUGUUUGUACAGAAUGAUGGCUUGUAUUUGAAUAGUAUAUACUGCAUACCCUACCCAUAUGGUUAUGCAGUGGCGGGAGGAAUGGGGGUGCAGGCCGCCCCGGGUGCCCUCACUGAUGGGGGGUGACAAAAUGACAAAAAUAUGAGUUUUUUAAAAAAAAUUGGGCUCAUGAAAGUUCAGUCAAAAACAUAAUGAAACGUAGCUGGCACUGGGCACCACACUACGGGGGCUGGCACAUACCAUGGGAUCUGCAGCGUGCCCGAGCCAUGCGUGUCUCCUGGUAGUGACGUGGUGGCUUGCGCGUCUGCAGGCUCCGUGCUGCCUAAAACGGCAGCGUGGGACCUGCGUCUGUCCUCCGCCUCUCCCUCAGCCACCCUACAGCUGAGGGGGAGGCGGCAGAGAGGCUCCAUGCAGCGCCCCCCGCCCCCACCCCUGGCUGCAGGGUGCACGCGUCACGCACAGCACCCGGGCGGCUAGCUCCACCGCUAUGGUUCUGCAGAUUUUUGUUGUGUUUUCUUGGUUGCAGCAUAAGUAAAUGUGUUAGUGUGGUGAUCUAGUGUAAGAGUAUACAGGAACUGAGGAGAAAAACAAGCUAUUAGGUACAGGUGUCAUGCUCUCCCCUCCCCUCCCCCCCCCCCCAUUUAUGUGCGUCGACUCAUGCAUGACUAUGCUCAGAAAUAAAUAAAUAAAUCAGUUGGCCGCUCCUACCUACUGCCAAGAUCCUCACUCCCUGUGCAGUGGAGCAUGUUUCCAUAUAAACACACCAGCCCAGCCCCAGCUGCACAUCAAACUCAAGGUGUGAGCAGGAAGGCAGUGUUGCCACACCCCAUAUGUACUUGCCCAUGUGCCGCACAAGCUGCGCAUCCCUGCCUCGGCCGCUGCUACCAAUGCCAGGCCGCUGAGCCUCAGACAAUAGAGAUAGGCAGGAAGAGGGGACCAGAGAACAUAGUUUGAGCUAUAUAUAAAAAUAUGCCCAGUGAACAAAGCAACACAUUAGAGCUUGUUGGUUUAUUGGGUGGCUGGUAGGCGCUCAAUCCAUGUGCUGUUGUCCUGCUGGAAUGGAAGGAACACCUGGAAUAAUUUAGGACUGAGGUGGUUAGCAUGCAGAGCAGGGAGAGCACCUGAAUCCUGCUUGAGGCCAAAACCUUAGCUCCCUUACCCCCACGUGGGUUACUUCUUCAAGGAGUUCUCACCUAUCCAGACGGGCCCGAGUUUGGUAAAUAAGUUAGUAAAAAGCACCCUGACAUAUCAGCCAAUGUGUGCUUUUUGCUGUCUCCUGGGGUUUUGAACCAGUUGCUCAUCAUUGCUUUUAUACUGAUCCAAUUAUACCUUUUAACUACUGGAACAAGUAAAAUUUUACUCCUCUGUUUUUAACAAAUGAUGGCUUUCCUUAUUUGGUCAAAUGUAUAUACCAUGAACCUGAUAAAAACCUGAUUCUAGCUUACACUUGGUAUUUUAAUUUCCCCAUUAGAAGUAUCUGAACUCCCAGCUCAUGAAAAUGUUCAGCCUUUUUUUUGUUUUGGAGACUGUUCCCAUGUUAAAACAAAGAUUGAUUUGAAGUGUUGCAGGCUCAUCUGGAUAGUUAUAUUUUGUACCGUGAAAGCUCUGUCCACUCUAAUUUGAAUACUCCUUUACAUAAUAUGCCAAGAGUUGAUAAACAUGGAAGUCCUGCAGAUUCAGCUGAAAAUGUAAGGAAAAAGUGGUAGAAAACGGAAAUCACUCUUUGCCAAUUCUUCUCUCUCCACAUAGGAAUUGACAGAAGAGGGUCUUCCUUUUCUUAUACUCUUUCAUAUGAAAGAUGACACAGAAAGUCUAGAGAAGUUCCAGCAGGAAGUUGCACGGCAGUUAAUAAGUGAAAAGGGUAGGUGUGUGUUGUUGCCUUGCACUUUGCCUUUAAUUCCGUUUGUGUGUGUUGCCUUUGAAUCCAGAAAACAAUAUUAAUUGACAAAUCAGAAUUUAUUUUUUUUGCUGUGAGUGAAAGAGAUCCUCUUGAAUGGGGAAGGGUAACCUGUAACCCUCCAGAUGUUGUUGGACAACAGCUCCCAUCAUUCCUAAUCCUUGGCUAUGCUGAGUCCAACAGCAUCUAGAGGCCCAAAGGCUCUCCAGCCUUGUUCUACAUCCUAUCUUCAUCAGUGCCCACAGUGGCAGGUUUAUGUUACAACCACUCAAGUCAGUAGACUACAGUCGGUCAACUUCCACAUAAACGGGUUAAGGGUCUAUAAGAAUAUAAAGACAAAAGAAGAGCCUUUCUGGAUCAUACCAGAGUCUCAUCCAUGGCCAAGCAGAUGCCUAUGGGAAGCCCAGAAGCAAGAUCCAAGUCCAGGACAUAACAUUUUCCUGUGCAUCAUCCUCUGCAAACUUUGUAGCUCUCAUAUGUGAUUAGGGUUAUGUCCUCAGCAGCAUAGGGCUGUUCUUUGCAUUUUUGAAAAUGGGCUUGGGGAUCUUUAAAAUUCAUGCCUCAUGUGCAGAGCUUUAAAAUUCAUGCUUCAUGUGUAACGUGCUGCUAUUAGUGGUAGCUGACUUGCUAGGGUUUGAGUCAAAAUGGGGAUGUGGGGAAUGGAGCUACUUUAAGCAACACCUGAGGCUGCAAAACAGGUGCAUGUGUGAAGGUGUUGAAAAGUGGUGAAAGCUGAUGAAAUGGGACAUGGGAUGAGCCUACUGAUAUCACUGCAAGGUGAUAUCUAACUCACACUUGCAGUAGAUCAACUUAAAUCAAUGGACUUCAGUUACUUAAGUUACUUGGCCAACUCUUAAUCUCACUAACACUGGAUUCACGGUCUAAAUUGACAGACCUUUUUUAAAAAAAAAGGGAAAAAAAGAACUGAGCUUGAAAUGGAGGAGGUAAGGACAAGGCUAGAAGAAAAGCAAUUGAUAAAUGUUUCUGACGAGUCCUUGCUUAGGAUAAAGAAAGCUCACAUAGAAAUCUAUAUUAGGGAACAUUUCUCCACCAUGCUUCAUCCCAAAUUGAGAAUGGAGUUGCAUUGGACAUGUGUAAUUAUUUCUACAACUGAUGGCAAAAAAUGGCUGUUUACAUACUUUGCAGACACUUCCAGCUGUAUUCCAUGGCUUCCUAAUGCAUUUAUGCAAGUAUAAUAUGAAUGUAUGCAGUAGUUUCAUGUUGAUUAUCUACGGACACUUUGUAUGGUUUCUGCUUAAGUAGAAAAUUCAUCACCUUUGUGGUGGCGCAAGGUUAAUAAAUGGAUGUUAUAAAAAGAGUUCUUUUAAAAUUGGUCUGUUGUGGAUGUCAAUCACAUGGAAAUAUCUCUACCAACACGUGGACAUAUCUCUAGCAGUCAUUAUCUAAAGACCUGUUAAAUAUACUGUUGUUUGUUGCGACUUACAUUUUUAAAAAACAAACUAAAGCUUGCUUCUGAAUUUCAAGGUACGAUAAACUUUUUACAUGCUGAUUGUGACAAGUUCAGACAUCCACUCCUCCACAUUCAGAAGACUCCAGCAGACUGUCCUGUUAUUGCUAUUGACAGUUUUAGGCACAUGUAUGUCUUCCCAGACUUCAGCGAUGUGGCGUGAGUAGAUGAUUUCUUUUCUCUUGGCCGUCCAGCCUUGAAAAGAGGGAAGGGGCUCGUGUGGGGAGAAGGAGAGGGUGGACAACCAAUGCCUUUUUCAUAUUACGUAGCAGCGUGUAAAAAUAAAUGCUUACCCCAGUCCCACCAGCCACUCUGGGUUUGGAUGUAUUAGAACAACACAAAAUGCAAUCAGCAUUCAAGGCCCCUCAUCCCCCAGUACAAUAAUUGAAUGCUAAAAUGUGCUGGAUUUUAGAGAGCCCCCUGUGGGUAUUCACACAGCUACCAUGCAUGCCGUUUCCCCCUUCCUGCUGUAGUUUCUCUGCACUGCUGGAUUCUGCUCCACCUGGUCCCCCUGAGUUGCAGCUUUGGGCAACAUACAGUGCUACAAAAGGAAGGAGGGGCUUUUGGAUUCUGAAAAACAAGGGGCUUUGGAUUCUGACCAUUUUUUUAAGGAAAAGAAAAUGGAUUGUUCUGAAAGGAGCACACAGUAGAUUCUCAAAGUAGCAUAGGCAGGGAGUUGAUGAUCAGAUGCUUUUGAAGAAGAAAACAAAUAUAAAUAACUGGAGGGAUACGUCCCAGAGGUUGCCUCUCACAGUGAUGCCAUUACCCAAAUCUAUGGUGCAACCACCAUUGGAGCACUGUGCACAGUUCUAGUUGCCUCACCUCAAAAGGGAUAUUGUUGUUGGAAAAGGUUCAGAAAAGGGUUGCGAAGACGAUCAAGGGGAUAGAGCAACUCCCCGCUGAAGAAAGGUUGCUGUGUUUGGGAUUUUUUAUUUUAGAGACAAGACAUAGCAUGAUAGAAGUCUAUAAAAGUAUGCAUGGCAUAGGGAAAGUGGGUAGAGAAAAGUUAUCCCUUUCUGAUAACACGAGAACUCACAGUGAAGCUGAAUGUGGAAAGAUUUGGUACAGGUAAAAGAAAGGAUUUCUUCACGGAACCAUAGUCAUACUGUGGAAUUUGCUCCCCCAGGAGACAGAGAUGGCAACCAACUUGGAUGGAUUUAAAAUAGAAUUAGGCAAAUUCAUGGAAGAGGAGAGGGCUACCAAUGGCUAUUAGUUGGAUGCCUAUGCUCUGCCUUUACCGUUGGAGGCAGCAAUGCUUCCAAAUACAGGAGCAGAGAAAUGCUUGUGUGCUCAUGUUCUGCUCCUUGGGUGCGCACUGUGAGAACAGGAUUCUGGACCGCAUGGGCCAUUGGCCUGUUCCAGAAGGCUAGUCUUACGUCCUUAUGAAGUCUCACCCUCUGACUUGAACCAUGAUGGGGUGCCCCUCCCCCAUGGACCAAGAGGGUGCAAUUCAUUUGCAGGACCAGUAGCAAGGGAAGUAGAGGGUUGUUAGCCCUGCCCUUAUCUUGUAUAUUGUCAUGAUAGAGACAAAUGUUUUGAGCCUCCUGGUUUGGGCUCCCUUCAUAUUGCAGUGUUAUACUACUGUGUUUCCUAGAUUUCUGUAUUUAGCACUUAACAUACUACUGGCUUAAGCCCCUAAUCUUCAGCGUUAAGACACUGACAAUAUACAAAACACUGGUUGCUGUAUUCAAGCAGUCUUUGGUGUGGGGAAACAGUAGAUGAUCUCUGAAGAAUUUUAAACUGAUACGCCAUCAGUGUUCAUCUCUGGUGUCUAUGCAAUUACUCAAGCACUGGAGAAGCUUUCAAAGGCAUUUUUGUCAAUACAGCUACCUGACAGUCAUUUGUAUUUGUGAACUGUGCAUUUGGCACCUGCUGUUCUCUGCUGUAUUGUAGUAAGCAGGGGGCUGAAGGGAACAUACAAUGAAGUUAUUGGGUUGGCCAGCUCUGUGGGAAUUAAUGAAGGGAAUAAAUGCUUGCUGUGUCCUCAGGAGCAAGGAAGAAAAAAGAGCUAUUGGAGUAGUUUGCCCCAGGCCCUAGUCUAGCUCUCAAGCCAGUAUUAUUGACUUUAAAAAAAAACUUUGGACAUAUGAAAUAUAAUCAUACAUUUUUUAUUUUAGAUUUUGUUUAGGAUUUAGCUAUUUUCGAACGCAGUUUUUAUAUGAAAGGCUAAAUGCUUUUUUCAAAGGGACAGGAUGAUUGUCUUUUGUAAGUCUAAAUGCAAGCCUCCCAUCCUUUUUAUUAGCAUAGAAAAUACAGAUUACAUAGGCAAAUAGGAAAAAGAACAAAGUGUGACUGGGAAAAGAAGAUUAAAUUGCUAGGAAAAGGAUAGCUGGAAUAAUGGAUAAUGGACCAAAAGUAGAACCAGCAAUACUGCAGUGCUCAGUGAAUUCCAUAUGAACUUGCUUGAUACUUGUACUCUCUUUGCCAGCAUUUAAACAUGCUCUUAGAACUAUUUUUUUAUUCCAGAAGGCAAUCAUAUUGUAUUGUGAGCAGCCUUAGGUUUGAUUAUAUCAUAGAAAGGCAGAGUGCCUCUUGCCAGACCCCAGAACAAAGGUGUCGUGAGCAUUCUGGAUUUUGUUCAACUUUAUCAUUUUUAUUUGUGUGGAUUUUUUUGUCUUUGUUUCAGUACUCCAGGUAAACUCAAGCAAUUUGUACUAGAUUUGCACUCUGGGAAACUGCACAGGGAAUUUCACCAUGGCCCAGAUCCAACUGAUGUAGCACCUGGUCAGGUAAGAGCAAGACCUUUAGUCCUGCCCUCCUGGGCGAGGUCUGGAAUUGGCAGUAUUAAAGCAAGCAUGAGCAUUCUGUUCUCCAUGGGAAGACUGUGUGGUUCAGAAGGAAUUAUUUGCCAUUUGCGGGGGGGGGGGGGGGAUAUUGAUCUUUACCACAUCAAAAGUGAACUUAAAUUUAUAUAUUGAAUAUAAGUAAUUGUCAUUAAAACCUAGUAAUUUUUAAUCCUGUACACACACACUAUUUAUUUAAACUACUCUUUUUUCCUAAGGGGAUCAGAAAAACAGUAAAACAAUAUAAACAUACAACAGUCAACACUCAGUGUCCCCAAAAUACCCAGGAAGGCUAAGAAAGCCUUGAUAGUGUUCUAACUGCCCUAAGCACAGUGAAGGGAGCCACAAAAAUUUCCCAGGAGGAGACAGUUCCAGAGACAGUGAGCCAUCCCAGAGAAGGCCCUCACACACAUGGUCACCUUGUGAAAGGGGUUCUCUUAACAUCAUUGGGUCCAGCAAUAUUUUUAAUAGAUUGAUCUACCAUCUGCUUGAGGCUCCUGAUAGUAUUGUUCUCUGCUAAAGAGUGGCAUUACCACUGCAGCAACUCACACUCCCUGUGUGUCAGCUUUGGCCAGGAUGGGUAAAGGUCUAGGGCAGGGAUGUCCCAACAGGUUGGUCGUGAUCUACUGGUUGAUCGCGGGGGGUCCGUGGUAGAUCACAGUCAACCCCCGCCCCAAUAAUAAUAAUAAUAAUAAUAAUAAUAAUAAUAAUAAAAUAAAAAAAGCUCAACAACUUUUGUCAAUCCAAUGGGUAGAUCGCUGCCAGUUUUUUUAUAGUAGGAGUAGAUCGCAGUCUCUUGUAAGCUGAACAUCCCUGGUCUAGGGCAAAGGUAGAAUUCAAGUAGAACAAAAUCCAUCAAAACAGGGCAUCCAAAUGCGAGGAUUUUGUCUACAAAGUGUAUUGCAAAAGAGUUACAGCAAGUUGUCCCCAGGGAAUUGCCUCCACAGGGAACUUUGAUCUCCUGCAAUGGUUCCUCUGGACCAUUCUGUGUAGAUGCAGUGAUGGUGGGAAGAGAACUCUUGGCCACCAUGGAGUAGGUUCUAUAGUGGGCUGGAGCCAGCUGGGGGCCUGCCAAUUGCCCCUGUUUCCGGUCGCAUCCCAACAAUUGCAACAGGGAGUUCCAUUAGCGUGAGCAGUUUCUGAGCUCUGGGCACAAUACUGCGCCUAAGAUUUCAGAUUAAAAGUGCAGAAUGGAAGAAAAGGAAGACCUUUUUCUGCCUCCCCACUUCCAGCUACUCUGAUGACUGGAAAAGAGACACUCUUAAGAAUAGUGAGCAGGGGGCUGGGCAGGGGAAGGACUUGACCAUGUGAAAAAUGAACAUAAUAUUUUUAGCUGCAGUUCAUUCAUUUUCAGCUUUGUAUUAUUAUUAUAUUAAAAAAGAGCUCCUAGAUGGUCCGUUGUUGUGCCCAUAACCUAGGUUUAAGGUGCCAUUUAGCUCCUAGCUUUCAUAUCUCAGUUUCUAACACUGGCAUGACCUGUUGCCUGGGAGGACUUGGAUGAACUGGAGUUAAAAACAACAACAACCCUAUUAGCAUACUUCACUCAGUAAUAGUCUGGCUGACAACCCCCCACCAUACCUUCCUGCUACCUGAGGCAGCUUCUGUGGCUGAAUCCCCCAGAGCAACUCCCCUUCUCCACAAACACAUUAGGCUAGUCUGAAGGCAGGUGAGGCUUUCAUCUUAUUGCAGCUAAGUAGUUCUGCAUCUUGUCAGUGUCUGGAUGGAUACCAGAUGUACACAACCUUGAGUUCCAAGGUGGAAGAAAGGCAGGACAUAACUGUAAUAAAAUGCCAGCAGUCAAUCCAGUUAUACAGCAGAGGACAAUACCAAAAUCAGAGCUAUCCAAACUAAACAGACAUUUGCUUCAGAAUAAGAGGGCCAGUGGUAAAGGUUGUGUUUAGAAGGGUGACUUGGGGAGAGAGGGUGUGCAUGGGUGUCGUUUCCUGAAGACGCUUGAAUGUGUUUGGGGGGGUGAUCCAAGGGAGGAAACAAAUACUGAGCGUGGGCAGGAGAGAUGAGCUUUCUGUGAAAUGGGUGCUCUGUUGGAGCAGAGAACUCGUGGGUUCAAAAGAGUGAUGUUGAGUUUUGGAGUUCAGACUCCACCUCUGCUGAGCAAGUUUUUGUUUCAGUCUUGCCAGUUUCCCUUUCGGGAAAUGGGUGUGUGACUGAUGGCAACCAUUCUGUGACAGUGCCCAUGACAUCAUCAAAUUUUCAAAUGGGUCCAAAAUGGUUAGUGACUCCUAGUCCAUAUCUUCUUUAUAGCAUAUCUGUGAUUUUGUUCUUUCCAGCCACUUCAAGACAUAGUAAGCAGCCCACCUGAAAGUUCAUUCCAGAAGCUAGCACCCAGUGGACAUAGAUACACCUUAUUGCGGGAAAAAGAUGAACUCUGAAAGCUCGAAACCAUCUCAUAAGCCUUUCAAAACAGCAGCCGUGACUCCUGUGGGGUGGAAAUAGGAAACCUAUAUUUUCAUAAAUUCCCUGUGUUUUUAUUUUGAAUCUUUUUUUUUCUUUGCUCCCUGCGGUUUGUAAAUACGUUAGUGUCAUUUUGGACAGGAUCUUUCCAAAGUUCUUAUUUCAUCAAACAGUUAAGUAAAACUUUUUUAAAAAAUCCAAAUGAAGGUGUUGACAUGGCCAGCAACAUGCUGUUAACUUGCACUAUCCCAUUAACAGGACUUCUAGGUUUCCUUUGGUGUAAUCUGACCGCCUUAUCCUUUACUUCCACAUGAACAUCAUUUUGUUAAUUUGUUUAUUGAUGGGCUAUUCUGGAUACUUGGGAGGGAAAUAAAUUACAAUUUUACAUAAUUUGUGUUGUGGUUCCUUACUGUGUGUGUGUGUGUGUGUGUGUGUGUUUAAAGGAGUGGGAAGAGAAUGGAGAAACAUUCAUCGGCCCUCUUACAAACUCAGCCACUGUGAAAGAGAUGCUGGAAGAAAAGAAAUCAGCUAUGGGAUAACUGCUUUAAAAUAAAAUAAAAAAACAGAAAGAUGAGAAAUUUUGAGAAGUGUACCUAUAAUAGUUAUGCUUUGUAAGCAUUUAGAAAAUGUUUACAAGGACAAAGAUGUGUUAAACUAUUAAAGAUCUUCUGACACUUUAAGCUAGUGAAAGAAAGAACUUGCCUGAGUGCUGCUUACUGUUAACAUAUCAGUAUUUUCGUACCAUUAUUUUAAUCUGAUAACUUUUCUGUAAACUGCCCUGUGGUCCUCGAGUGAAGGAUGGCAUAUAAAUUUAAUACUGGUUUAUAAAAAGCCUGAACCCGUUCAACAGCUACUACUUUCAUGACAAUCAGUUUCAGUACAAUUUGUUUGAUAGCUGCCUUUUAAAAUCUAAUUUCCAUAGCAAUAGUUUUAAUUGCUAUCCAGAUUGAUUGGUAGACGUGACUGAACAGUUUGGAAUUUCACACAUUCAGAAAAAGAUUGUGACAGGUCUCUUCUAGGGCACAGUGUGAGGUGUGGAAGAACAUACAGUUCAAGUGGUCUUCCAGCAUAAAAAAUGUUCUGCAUAGAAACUAGAACACUAGGGAACAGUUUUCACUAGAACCUGUCUUUCUGACAUGCUUCCUUCCCAUCUACAGGGGAAUUUUGCUAUGGGUGGGUUGUUGAGUAAUCCUCAGAUGCAUCUCAAAGUAGUACAGUCUGAAGGAGGAGUGGGGUUUGGCUUUGAACUCCACUGCUACCAUUAAUAGUUUGGGAACAGUCUAUCACCUGGAGCUCCAUAGAAUUAUAGAAUUGGUAGAGUUGGAAGGGACCAUGAGGGUCAUCUCAGUCCAACUCCCUGCAGUUCAGGAAUCUUCUGCCCAAAGUGGGGGUCAAACCUAUAACCCUGAGAUUAGGAGCCUCGGUCUCCGCUGACUUGAGUGGAAAGGCAGCAUGUAGAUUGUUCCUCACCAGACUCUGAAAUACAAAUGAACAAUUUUGCUUAAUAUUCAGUUAAAGUGUUUUUUUAUUAAGGUAGCUGUACUGUGGUACAGAUGGAGAAAAGACAGCUUGAGACAUGGAUUGCAUGAUGUUGUUUCAGACUUUGGUGGGGUCCUCACAUAGAGGCAAUGUAUCAUAGAUGUGUCACAUAGAGGCAAUGGGUAUCGCUCCUUGGGUUGGGGGGGUGAUACGUUAAUGCUGCCACCAUGUAAUGGGGGGGGGCGGCUUGUGUAAAGAUGAGGUGGGUGGAGGCACUGGUUGCAAAACUUUGCUUUGUGCAAAGUCAGCCUUACAUUUGACUCACAUUUCAAGCAACCUAUCACAUCUUUAAACAAUGGCUGAUCUAAUUGAAAAUUGAGAGUAAAUAUGGGGUCACCUGCCUGUGCUUACAGUAAAUUGUAGAAACUACUGUUAAACAAUGGUAGGAUCACGCUAAAGGGAUUCUUGUUUGUAGUGGUGGUUUUUCAUAUGUGCACAACCUUUGGCAAGCAACUAUACCAGAUCAGGCAAAACACCCAACAUUCUUACCAACUUCUGCUUGUUCAGAAGAAAGGCUUAACUUUCCAGCAGCAUCUUUCCCACAGUGGCUAACUGGGUGCCUCUGAGACCAGUCCCCCCCCCCAAGAAGCAAAAGCAGGACAUCAGCACAGUAGCCCUCUCUUGCUCUUCUUGCUAAUAUUGCCACAAUUCAGAGGCCUACUGCCUCUGUUCCUGGUUGCAGCAUAGAGUCAUCAUAACAGCCAUGAGUUGAGUAGUAGCUUGAUAGCCUUGUUGAUAUGAGCUAGUUUGAUCUCAUUUCCUCUUAAGAAAAUAGCAUACAAGUAUUAAAAUAAAAUGGCCUUUCCACCCAUUAAUUUGUCACAUCCUCUUAUAAGGCACUCGAUAAGUUGGCAGCAAAUAUCAUAGUUUAACUAUGUACUGUGUGGAGAAGUACUUUUGUCUGUCCUAAAUAUCCCACCAUUUAGCUUCAUUGGAUGGCCCCCAGGCUUGCCAAAGCCCAAAGAUCAUCUGGAGGACUGGUAAGAACUUUGUUUAGUCAGACUUAUUAUUCUUUUAGGGUUAUUUAAUUAUUCCUUUAAGCGUCCUUUUAAAAGAUGGGAUGGAGGAAAAAGAAGUCUAGGCCAUCUGCUGCCUUGGUUAGAAGCAGAUUAGCAGUGGCUUCUUUCACUGUUUUGUUAAACCACAUUUCUUAGUUAACCCUAAUUGCAUUGUCAGACAUGCCCCAACCAUUCUAUGAAGAUUGGUUGUAUUCAAAGUUUAGUGAUGCAAAGAGAUGCCUGUCUAAUAUGGUUGGUUUUGCCCCAGGAAAUGAGCACUAGUACUACAAAGGAACCUGGGCACUUGGACACGUCAAUCCCUGGCCUUAAAUCAACUGGCCUUACGGAGCGUACUUGGAGCACAAUCCAGCCACAGUUAAGCACUUUAAGAUCUCAUUGAUUUUAAUAGCGCAUGCUUAACUCUAGCGCUGCAAUCAAUGGAACGCCCAUGUGCUUGCCUCCCUCUGACUAGAAAUGAAUUAAGGACUGCCCAAAUGGCAAAGUGCCUCCUAGAUCAAUAUCCACUGUAAGAGUUUUACUAGAUGUUUCAUCCAGAGGAAAUUACUGAAGAAACUCUGUCCAUACCUUUACCUGACUCUGAAGCCCAUAAUAAUGUAUUUUGCUCCUUAAUCAAGUGAAGACAACAAGCACAGGAAGCUCAACUCUUUCCUUCCAAAGUGAAUGUUUCAGCAGUUUCUACACAAUUUAUGUAUGCCCUCAAAUAUAUGGGAGUUGGUUGCAUAUAUUUUUAUAUAUUAUAUUUAUAUAUGGUGACCUCUAUCAUUAAUUGUCUCAUUAGAGUGCUCCUCUCUAUUUUUUAAGUGGGAAAGGCUGUGAAGAUUGGGCAUUGUUGUACAGUCAUUGUGUAACAUGAAGCUUUGUGUGACAGUGAUCUGUGGAGUGCAAAUUGUGUUGCUCUCCCUUUGCCUGCCUCCAGCUGGCUGCUUGAGCGAGGACUACGACUUCAAAGAGGCUGGUUAUUCACCUCUUUAGGAAAUAAAUGCUUCUAGGUAGGAUCACUUACCUUACAUGGAUUAAUUGC